UGAUUUGCUAAGUGCACGAGGUAAUCAGUAUCUAGCAAUAGCAAUAGCAAUAAGGCGAAGGAUCCCUAUCAUAUGCGUGCUUCUGCUUGGUCGAAGCUUUUACUACGCAAGUUAUGGAGCUCGGAUGUAUACCUAGAUGCUCUGAGCGCCCUUCCCCCCCCCCAAAAAAACCUCGCCCCUAGGCAACAUUUGCUUUGUGCGGACUUACUUCAUGUGUGUUGCACCUUUAACGGCCGCCCUCGGUCGGGUGCCGUGUCGCAUCUGAUUGUAGAUCCUAUAAACGGGCUACGCCCCUGUAUUGCUUACACCACCAAAGUUGAGCCCCAUUUGAAUCUGUCGCCAUAGUUUACAACCCACAUUAUAUGCGGCGCUUGACUAUACUCACUAACUGGACUGACCUUGGGUGGAUAUAUGGUGUAAUGCUACCCCCAUUCCAUCCAUGGUAGCCAUGUGGUGGGAUCCGUCGCGGAUUGAAGCGACUGUCACUCGACAGUUCGUCUGCUCACACCUCCUUCCCGAAGAGAUAAAUCGCCUGGACUUACCGCUGGGUUUUGGUGAUGGGUUGACGGACGGGACUUAUUGGGAAUGGAUUGACGAAAAAGCGAAGCGCAUCUUUCUUAUUCUUCUUGACUUAGGUGUCCCAGACCAAAUCUUCGGACUUAUCGACGAUAGUUGGGACGACGAUGACCUCCCGAUUCCGCUCGACCAGAUCGAACGGCUAUCGCUUACGCUCACCAAAGACGAUAAACUUGAGAGGAAGUUUUAUUCCCGUCAAUUUCACUAUCUGCUUAGAUUCAUAGAAAAGGGCGACUAUAUUGUAUACGAAGACCCGGAGGUUGUGCCUCUUACCGUCGAUAAGCGCCCUGGGUUAAGCCUCAAUAACGUUGUCAAUAGGGUGGAGUUGGCAAAUCGACCCGGGGAAAUCUUCUCGAGACGUCGCAUUCCGAUCGGAACGGGCUCUAGCCUGCUAAGCGAAAAGGAUUUUUUCUACGAGAUCGAUAGGGCAAGGAAUAUCGAAAAUGGUCAUAUCAUGUCUUAUUACGGAUCGUACGCGCACCAGGGUGCUGUUUAUGCUUUAUUCACUCUCCCAAGUGAUUUUAGCCUCAAAUCCCUUCUGGUAACAACGCCAAGUUCAGUGAAGUCAUUGGCUAAGCAGGAUCGACGGCGUCUAUUCAUGAACUGGAUACACUGCCUCGUUGACGCACUGUGCUACCUCCAUGGGAGCGGGCUAUCCCAUGGCAGAAUUAAACCAUCGACAGUGCUCUUCAACAACGAAAAUCACGUCUUCUUCGCAGAUAUAAGUCACUUGAGCGCAGAAGCGAUAGCUAGUGCAUCGGAUAGGUCUGCCUUCGACAAAGAAUCUUACGACUAUGCGGCCCCUGAACAGUGGUAUCGGCCGUCAACUAGCCACGGCAGCCGAAGAAGUACUCUCGUCACCUCUUCUGGAUCAACGUCGUCAGAUAACUCGACAUUUUCCAUCAGUAGAGGACACUCAGAAAACGGAAACCCUGCUUCUAUGCUGCACACGCCGACACCUUCUCUCGACCCCCAGGCGGUGGACAUCUUCUCGCUGGGAUGCGUCAUACUAGAAUUGUUGAGUUUUCUAAUGAAACGUCAGACUCGAUCCUUUGCCUCGCAUCGAUCUGCUAAGCAUAAGCAAGCUGGCCGAGGAGGAGCUGUUUUGGACGCCUCGUUCCACAAGAACCUGGGACAGGUGGAAUCGUGGAUGGAAAGCCUUGCUAAGGAUGCAUCAAAGAAGGAUGACCAGGUGUUCCGUGGCGUGGCGCCUAUGCUGCAGGUGGUGGCAAAAAUGCUUUCAGGAGCUCCACACGAGAGGCCAACAGCCCAAGAGGUUGAGCAAUGCACGUACAAAAUCCUGACAGAGAAUUGCCAGAUUACAGAGCCGCAUUGCGUCCAUCAAUAUGACGGUUGGGAUUUUGGAUUUGGGAGCAUGCGUAUCAGUGGAGGAGGAGAAGGGUUUAAUAUUACUGGAAGGAGGCAUAGCGGCCCAGCGAGAUCGAGUUACUCCCGGCCAGGUUCUUACCGGCCGAUGAGCAGCAGCUCCGUUCGGGAAGUGGACAUGCCCGGUGGUAGCGGCUCGCAGUCCACAAACGCCCGGGUAAACAAGGUGCGCACUUGGCAGGCUCAUGUAUAUGCAGGUAAUGAUUGCAUCCCAAGUACUAAUUCGACGUAGAGAGAAAGCUGACAUGGUGGGGGCGUCAUGACAGAAACGACAAGCGUAUGACAGUUCAGGGGAAAUUGAAGUAGCAAAAUAGGAUUAGGGGGAAGGGAUAGCCUAUAAUCUAGUAUAUAACGAACGCAUAGGAGUUAUGGUACUUUUAAGCUUAACGUGGUCAAUAAACAUAUCGGCGGCGCUUGUGGUAACUCUCGUUCUGAAAGGAAAAAAUAAAAACAAAAAAAGGGGAGGGGGAUAGGGUGAGAGAUUUUAUAUAGGAUAUUAGCCGCCUAUCUUAUUCAAUGUGUCAAUAUCUACCUGAUCGUACGGAUGAUGGGUUAUGAACUUGUUACUUUUUUUUAUAUUUUUUUUUUUUUAGAAAAAAGGGAAAUGGAAUGAUUUUUGGUAGCAAUCUAAUACCUACGCGGAGUGUUACUCAUAGCUAACAUUGAAUGGCUUCAUAUUAGCAAUGCAGUGAGAAGUAUAAUGUGCUUACUAUUCAACUAGGUACUUGGGUACCUCAAGAAGGG